GUGGCAUGUCUAAAUGUAUAAAUUGAGAGUUCUUGCUUUCAUGUCACCCACACCAAGAAAGUUUGUGUAUCAAGAAACCCUAAUUUGUCCUUGAAAUGGCCGGCGCUGCUCUACGAUUACUAGUAAUUUUUGUUGGGAUUUCUCAUCUUCUUUGCUUAAAUGCUAUCCCAAUCACAAGGCUUGGGAGAAUAAUGCAUGAACCUCAAGUUGUUCCAGUUUUAGAGACAACCAACAUAGAAGAACAUAGGAACAAUCUCGAAGGAAGUAUGAAGAUGGAGCUAAACGAUUAUCCUGGAUCGGGAGCGAAUCAUCGUCAUACUCCGUGGCCAUCGCAGCUGAAAUCAUGUGCUGAUUGCUAAUUCUUCAACAUAUAAAUCUUGUUGAUGUAGUAAGUAAAUGCAGCAGUAGACAGUGAUUUUUGCUUACUGGUUAAGAUAAUUAAUUAAUUAGGAAGCUUUAGUUUAUUUAAUUGUAGUAUUAACUUGAAAGUGAGAGACUUGAAUUUACUAGUUAUGAUAUGUGUAACAACCUAAGAACUUAUGAAUAUUUUAGUAAUUUGAUGUGCA